AGUGGUGUUACCAAUAUCUGCAAGGGGUCUCGAGAAACGCUGACGCUACCUUCAAUUCUUUCGCUGUUAAUUUCUUUAAUUUUCUAUCUCUAAAAAACUGUAAAUUCACGUUUUCUGGAAGAAAUUUUCAUAAUUUGUUUAUAUUCUCUCAAAUUAUCACAUCGGAAAUCGUUUUGGACAUUAAUGAUAUUCCAGCGAUAACUUAAUUGAUAAAUGCGAUUGUAAAUUUAACUAAAUUAGGAAACUUGAUUAGUCAAACACACAUUCGCCGUUCCAAAUAAAAUUAAAGAGUAAAUUGUCGAUAGGAUCAAUUUCGGCAAUUUUGUUAAAUAAUUUUGGUUGCAAACAGUGUAACAAAAACCCACAUCGAUGAUGGAUUAUUCGUAUCUCGGGCAAAAUGCAUACGAUUCUUGUUUAGGAGGGAUGGACGGCGCGAGUCUAGGAAUUCAAACAACCUAUGGUGAUUUUAGCCCUGUCUCGAUGACCCAGGCCAGCCAGGGGUACUACGGUAGCAUCAGGUCCCCCAUGAGCUAUGGCAACAGCAACACCGGGAUGGCCCCCACUUGCAACAUCGCCAGUGUAAUGGAUCACCACCCACAGGCAGCGUCACAAUGCACUCCGUACGGAACAGGAAUGCCAUAUAUGCAUCGAAUUCUUCAUGAUACCAGUUCAACCAACUCGUUGCACGAGAAACGAAAACAACGACGCAUUCGCACUACAUUCACGAGCGGGCAACUCAAAGAACUGGAGAAAGCGUUUCAAGAAACGCAUUACCCUGACAUCUACAAACGCGAGGAGCUCGCACUUAAAACAGAUCUCACUGAAGCAAGAGUACAGGUUUGGUUUCAAAACAGACGUGCAAAAUUCAGGAAGAGCGAACGAGCUGCAAACGCAACUAAACAGCCACAGACCAGUUCAGGGAAUAAUAGCAGCAACAACUCCAGCGGUAAUAACAACGGCAGCAGUGCCAACAGCAACUCCACCAACACCGCAACUGAUUCGGUAACUUCAAACAACUCAGCAAACACUAAGAAAGAUAAGAUCAAAGAGGAACCAAUCAUACCGGUCAGCAACACCUCAAGUUUGAUAACAGCCGUUACCAAUACGGACAGAAUAAGCCCAACUAUCGUAGCAACGACGAGCCCAGUGACACCAGCAGCAAACUGGACGCCAGUCACCAACACAACUACCUCUCUCCGAGGACCGUACUCGAGUAUUUUUCCCGGAAUGAACGAAGAACGUCGCCAAGCAAUCAAACAAACUCACAUCAAACACGAUCCAAAUUCAAACAGCUUGUUUUCCCUUCACUAUUAGUACUAUUUACUUUUAACAAGAAAAUUUGCCAUAUAAACUCCACUCGCUCUCAUUCGGAUCCAGGAUUUAAUGUUAUUGGUCCUCUCUUGACGUGAGUGUGGUUGAUAAACUAAUUUUCAGAGGGGAGGGGCAAGGCAUUAAAUUAAAAAAAUUCAAUUUAGGUCAAAUUACUAAGCUAGUAUUUCAGUCAAAAAACACAUGCAUAUUGGUAAAAUGUUACCGCCUCUGGUUAUCAACGGAUAUUUUUACGAUUUAAAGAUGGGCGAAGCAUUUUCAUAACAUAAUUAUUUGUAAAUAAUUAUAUUAUUUAUUAGUAAGUACUGUAUAAAAUAAUAAUGUAUUAGGCAAAUCUAAAUAGCUUUAAUGUUUAAAAUCUUCCGGACAUUUCAUUAUUGUUAGAAUAGGGCUUUAUAUUAAGUGAAACUUUACCGUAAUAUUUCAUUUUAAUAAAAUUCUUAGUGUUUAUUGUAUGUUGAUUAAAUGAAAACCAGCAAAGAAAAUAAUUUGUUCACUAACGGGAAUUUACAAACAUUAUCCGUGACUUUUAACCAUUCCAGGAAAUGUGAUAAAAAUGUGACUUAUAUUACGUGAUACAGUAUACUCCAUUCAACCAGAGAGUCAUGCAAGUUUAGAUUUCCAGUUUGAACUAAGGAUGUUACAUCCUACGUAGUGUAAUCUGAAACAGGAGUUGUAAUGUCCAAAUGAAUAAUUUACCACUAAACUUUUUUAAAUUAUUGUUAUACUAUGUAAUGUAUGUAAUAGAAAAUGUAAUGUAUUUUAAACUUUAAUUUAAUCAUUUGUACCAUGUGUAAUAAAUUGUUUAUUUCAAA